UUAUUUUAACAAGUAAAGGAGACGGCAAGACCAAAAACUGUUGACUUUAUUCUCAUGAGUUUGAGGCAGAGACAAUUUGCUUCUCAACGAGGCUAAUGGCGGCCUAUAGUUGUUCUCUGGUUUGGUUUAGGCUUAAUCCCGUAAAGUUUGCAAUAUUUCUCGGAAAAUCAAGCCAGACAAAGAUACCCCUCUCUCUCUCUCUCGUUUGACUUGUUGUGUCAGCAAACUGGUCAGGAUUCCACCUUUUUCUAGCUAAAUUGUGAUUCAAUUAAAGCUCAAGGAGUGUUUUUUUCUUUGACCAUAUAUUUUCAUCACAUCAGACAAUGGCCAAGGAUGUUAUAGUCAGUCUCUCACUGAUUCCAGCUUCUGAGUUACUCUCUCACAUUGUCCUUGACUUAUUGGAAACUGCACAAGCUGCAAAACAAGUACUCUUUCAGAAAGAAAAUUUUAGCGCAUUCUCAACAUACUUGGAGAAAAUCUCGGCCAUCUUGAAAGAGUUGUUGAAGCAAAACCUCAACCAUUUGGAGAGCUUCACGAAUGCUCUAGGGAUUCUCGACCGAGAGUUGAAGGUUGCUAAUCAGUUAGUUGUAGAGUGCAGCAAAAGGAACAAGGUUUAUCUCUUAGUUAAUUGUAAGAAGAUUGUUAAUCAAUUAGAUAGAAGUACUAAAGGGAUUAGUCGAGCGCUGAGCUUAAUCCCUCUGGCUUCUUUGGAUGUCUCGUCGUCAAUAAAUAGCCAGAUUUGCAAGCUGUGCCAGAACAUGUUGGAUGCAGAAUACCGGGCAGCUGUGGCUGAGGAAGAGAUCUUGGCAAAGAUUGAGUUGGGAAUACAAGAGAGGAAUGGCACUCGAUCUUAUGCGAACGGUUUGCUAGUUCAGAUUGCAGAGGCUCUUGGAUUGUCCACUGAGCAGUCAGAGCUGAAAAAGGCAUAUGAGGAAUUCAAGCGCGAGAUAGAAGACACCAAGCUGAGGAAGGAACAGGAAGAGUCUUUUCAAAUGGAGCAGAUAAUUGCUUUGCUUGAGAAUGCUGGUGCCACGACAUCUGCUGAGGAGAAAGAGAAGAAGUAUCUUGAAAGGAGAAACUCUUUAGGCAGUCAGCCUUUGCAGCCUCUUCAAGGGUUCUAUUGCCGCCUCACUCAUGACGUUAUGGUGGACCCAGUUGAGACUUCCUCUGGCCAGACAUUUGAGAGAAGUGCUAUAGAGAGAUGGAUUGCAGAAGGGAAAAAUCUGUGUCCCUUGACAAAUAUUCCCUUGGGCACUUCGGCUCUACGGCCAAAUAUAACUCUUCGGCAGUCCAUUGAAGAAUGGAGAGAUAGGAACACUAUUAUCACCAUUGUAUCCAAUAAACAAAAACUCCAAUCGAGUGAAGAGGAAGAAGUCCUGCAAUCCUUAAGCAAGCUGCAAGAGUUGUGCGCCGAAAGAGAUUUGCAUAGAGAAUGGGUGACCAUGGAGGACUACAUACCAAUUCUCAUCGGACUUCUUGGUGCGAAAAAUCGAGAAAUAAGGAGGCAUGCUCUUAGCAUCCUUUCCAUCCUUGCAAAGGAUACUGAAGAGAAUAAGGAAAAGAUCGCUAACGUUGAUAAUGCAUUGAAAUCCAUUGUUCACUCACUUGCACGCCAACAUGAGGAGAGUAAGUUGGCAUUGGAAUUGUUAUUGGAACUAUCUACAAGCAUUGCAGCGCGAGAUACGAUGGGAAAUAUUCAGGGCUGCAUACUUCUCCUGGUGACUAUGUUAAAAAGUGGAGAUAUCCAAGUUGCAGGAGAGGCACAAGAGCUCCUAGAGAAUCUGUCUUUCCUUGAUCAAAAUGUCAAACAAAUGGCGAAGGCAAAUUAUUUUAAACCAUUGUUGCAGCGUCUUUCUUCAGGACCAGAAGAUAUUAGAUUGAGCAUGGGUGAAACUCUGGCAGAAAUCGAGCUGACUGAUGACAGCAAACUAUCUAUCGUUCAAGACGGGGCAUUGGGGCCAGUUAUUCAAAUGCUCUCACACAGUGACUUGGAGAUGAAGAAAGUGGCUGUUAAAUGUCUUCUGCAGCUCUCUAAGUUACCACAAAUUGGCCUGCAAAUUAUUAGAGAAGGCGUGGUCGCACCGCUGUUUGAAGUUCUCUAUCGUCACAGCUUACAACUACCGGCAUUGCGUGAACAGGUUGCUGCAACAGUUAUGCAUCUUUCCAUAUCAACCACCAACCAGGAAUCUAAUGAAGAGCAGGUUUUGUUGUUGGAAUCUGAGGAAGACAUCUUUAAGCUUUUCUCCCUCGUAUCUCUAACUGGUCCUGAUAUACAACGAAACAUUCUCAAGACCUUCCACGCGUUGUGCCAGUCUCCUUCUGGUCUAGACAUCAGAAUGAAGUUAAGACAGCUAUCCGCCGUCCAAGUUUUGGUUCAACUGUGUGAGGCAAAUCAUCACGCAGUGCGAGCAAAUGCUGUGAAGCUCUUAUGCUGCCUGAUGAAAGAUGGAGAUGACAACGCCUUCUUGGAGCAUGUCAGUCAGAGAUGCAUUGAGACCUUGCUCAGGAUCAUUGAGACAUCUAAUGAUGUGGAGGAGAUUGCUGCUGCACUUGGUAUUGUAGCUAAUCUUCCAAAGAGUCCAGAGAGAACUCAGUGGCUUCUGGAUGGAGCGGCGCUUCGAAUCAUUCACGCAUGUGUCGCUGAUGGGAAUAGAGAUGCCUCGUACAAAAGGCAGGUAGUGGAGAAUGCUGUUGGAGCUCUUUGCCGCUUCACAGUAUCCACAAACCAAGAAUGGCAGAGGAGAGUAGCUGAAGCCGGCCUCAUAAAGGUGCUGGUACAGUUUUUAGCUUCCGGAACUGCUCUCACAAAACAAAACGCAGCCAUUGCACUCAAGCAGCUUUCAGAAAGUUCAAGAAGCCUGAGCAAGCCAGUUAAGAAACUUGGGAUUUUCUACUGCUGCAUUUCUUCACCUGAAACUAGUUGCGCUGCGCAUUUGGGCAUCUGCAGCAUUGAGUCUUCAUUCUGCAUUUUAGAGGCUAAUGCGGUUGACCCCCUUGUGAGAAUGCUCGGAGAGCAAGAUGACAGAACCUGUGAGGCUUCUCUCGACGCACUUAUGACGUUGAUUGAUUCCCAAAAACCCCAGGAUGGCAGUAGGGUUCUUGAAAAUGCUAAUGCCAUUCCAGCAAUUAUAAAGUUACUGAGUUCAAACUCUGUAAGACUGCAAGGGAAGUGUCUAAGGAGUCUAGAGAUGAUAUUUCAGUUGGAUGAGUUGAAACGAAAAUAUGGAAGUUUAGCUCAGAUGCUACUAGUUGACAUUGCUCAAAAGAAAGCUGAUGAUCUAAAAGAGAUCAAAUCUCUAGCUGCCAAAGUACUCGUUCAAUUGGGUGUGUUAGGUUCCCAGUCUUCUUUUUUCUGAUUAAAAGAUUACUGUAAAUUCUUGAUUGUUCUCUUCGAGGAGAAAUAUGUAGAUUAAUUUUUAAACUUGAAACCUCAUUCUAGCGAUAUGCAUAUAUUGGACAAAAUUUUUGAAGAUUGGCGUGGGAAGUUGUAUAAUUGAAAUUGUGAUCUUUUUUUUUUUUCCCCCCGUGUU